AGGAGGAAAAAGUGAGGUAAAAACAGGGCAAGUACAAGCGAUCUAAGCGAUAUUUUGCCAUAUUGAUAAAUGUUAAACAUAAACAAGGGUUGGCCAGUGGCACGCUUCCAGUGUUCACCAGUCCGUCCAACGGUUAACAGCUCCUAAAAUUAGCAAAUCAAGAGUGCAAUUUAUUAAACCGCCUUCGCCAAAAUUAGUGCAGCCAUAAAAAACACUCUUCUACACCGGAAAACAAUCAAGCAAUCAAUUCAAUUAUGUCACAGUUGUACGAACUCUCCGAGGUGGCCGUGCAGAAUGGCAAGAACGGCAAACCCUGCUGGCUGAUCAUCAAGGGAAACGUCUACGAUGUGACCAAGUUCCUCAGCGAACAUCCUGGCGGUGGCGAUGUACUCCUCGAAUAUGGCGGCAAGGAUGCCACCAAGGCCUUCAAGCAAGCGGGACACUCCGCCGAUGCCGAAAAGGAACUAAAAAACUACAAAAUCGGAGAAAUUAACUCUGCUGCACCCAUUCAAAUUCAGCCCACUUCCAUUGCUGCAUCGAAACCGGCGGAAAACACAAUAUCAGAAGAUCCCAAGCCGGCGGAGAAAAGCUCUUCCGGCUUCUGCUGCUGCUAGUCAUCGUUUUUCACAUGUCAUUUAAUUGAUUUAUUAACAUAGGAUCAGGUCGUAAUUAAUUUAGCGUAAUUAACUUGUAACUAGUUCUAGGUAUAUCUCAUAAUAGCUACGCAACAUCAUCGUGCCCACAAAACUAUCCUAAAAAGAUCAACUCUUCUUACCUCGAUCUGAAUAAAUUGCAAAUAAAUCUGGUGGAGCUGCUCCACCAUAUUGAGAAAAUUAAA